UCCAACCACAACAAUAUUUUUCUGGGGUUGCCAGGACUCAAGGCCAAAAGGGUCCUGCCAAAUGUUCAACCAUGUUCCCAAAUCAGUGUGAUUUUCAUUUGGCAAUCACCCUUUCAGCUUUGACCAUUGAGGAUGGAGGCUAUAGUUGAAGGAUCAAAGUAUGAGUGCUUGCUGUUUGAUUUGGAUGAUACUCUGUACCCCUUCAGCUCUGGCAUCAAUCUAGCUUGUCGCAAAAAUAUACAAGAUUACAUGCGUCACCAUCUGCAAAUUGAAGAAAGCCAAAUUGCAGAUAUGUGUCUGGAACUGUACAAGGAAUAUGGCACUACAAUGGCUGGUCUUAAGGCAUUAGGUUACGAGUUUGACAAUGAUGAAUUUCACGCAAGUGUCCAUGGUACAUUGCCAUAUGACAAUCUGCGGUUUGAUCCUGUUUUGAGGACCCUUCUACUUUCUAUUCCGCAGAGAAAAAUAAUAUUCACAAACUCUGAUAAAGCUCAUGCGGAAGAGGUUCUACGCAGGGUGGGUUUACAGGACUGCUUCGAAGGCAUAAUAUGCUUCGAGACACUGAAUCCACCAGCCCUGACAUGCGAUGGUCUAUACAAGCCCCUGAGUUAUAUCUCUGAUGAAUUAUCUUCUGACAUGGAUGACUCAGAUGAAUCAGAUGGGUUCAGACCUAAAUCACCCAUUCUCUGCAAGCCCUCUAUUGAAGCCAUGGAAGCUGCGAUUCGGAUUGCGAAUGCUGAUCCUGCGAAGACGAUCUUCUUUGAUGACAGCGUUCGAAACAUAGCGUCAGGAAAAGCUGCAGGCUUUCACACUGUGAUUGUUGGCAGGCCAACGCUGGUUCCAGGUGCGGAUCACGCGCUUGAAAGCAUCCACAACAUCAAGGAAGCAUUGCCUGAGAUAUGGGACGGUUGGUCUGAAUCUGAUGCCGUUCUUGCUUCCACUGCUGCCGAGACAGCGGUUGUUGCUUGAUGUGAUAUGUUUUGCCCAAUGGAUAGCCUGCCUGGCCUAUCUAUCAUAGGAUAUUAUUAUGUUGUGGAAAAGGAAUACUUUGAUCAAAGUAUGUCAAAGAUUGCCAUGCAGGAAUACAAUGAGAAGAUACAUGCAUCCUAAUGCUAGUUCAUAAGAGAGAUUAUGGGUAUGGUUCCACUAUUAAUGGAGCUGUAUCAGAUCUUAUUGGAUAGAUGACUCGGAACUGAGAAGUGAUUGAAGUGGAUGGCACCAAGCUUGACACUAAAUGUCAGAAGUUCUAUCUAUAUUGGCGUCUAACUGUCCUCGGUAUAUUCAUCAGUAUCAGGUUGGGGCCUAAAUAAAACUAAAAUGUCAUAAAAAAAUCUGUCACACUGUGGAUGUUGUUUUGAGUGGGUGAAUACCUUGUGAAUUGAUUACAGAUUUACAGUGAAUACCUGCAAAUUGGUGUUUCCUCUGGCUUGCCUGCUAGAAAUAAGCCAACACUGAAGCUUGUUCUAUGUGAAUAAUAUGCACCAAUCAAAAUAUGGUAUAGAUAUAGCCUCCAAAAAUUGGUACGAUGAUCCUCGUUUUCUUAUAUUCGAGAACAAGGAUGGGAGGGUGUGCUUUUUCACUGACAAUCCUCAGCUGCUCCACAUAUUUUUAGCACAUGAACAAACUUUCAAGUGCUCAAUGCACACUAAUCAAAUUAUUUCGUGGCUCUAUCAACAAAGGUGACUUGGCAAGAACUACAGUGAACCGAACUUGUAUCCCUGACUCCCUGUGCAGCAACGAACAAAAGAAAAAAAAUAGUAUACUUACAGAAAUGUAACCAGGACGAAAAAAAUUUGUAAUCUAACACACCAUUGAAGAAGAAAUAAACACUGUUCACUGCUUUG